AGCUCACAGUUCCUCUGCACUGCCCAUAUGACAGCUCUGUUUAUCUGGGUGUUGUUGGCUGCUCUGUGCCUUGAAUGCAGAGGCCAAAAAGACAACGUGAUGCAACCACAAGGAGAUGUGACGGGAGCUGAAGGAGAGGCAGUAACUCUGGGCUGUCGAUACAACAGCAGUUCUACCACUAAUUCUCUGUACUGGUACAAACAGGAAGGAAACAGUCGACCCACAUUCAUCCUGAACCGACUCACACUGGACCAAGGAACCACAGCAGAGACGUUCAAGGAAAGAUUCACAUCCACACUGGAUCAAACAUCAAGAUCAGCUCCUCUGAAGAUCCAGAAGCUUCAUGUGUCAGACUCUGCUGUGUACUACUGUGCUGUGAGGCCCACAGUGACAGGAAACAUGCUGGUUCUCCUUCUCCUGCUCAUUCUCCUCAACUCCACUGUGACCAUUGAAACCAUCGACCACCAUAUCCUCCUCAACCGCCUCCACACUGAUCCUGGUCUCUGUCACACCACUAUGGACUGGUUCACCUCCUGUCUCUAUCGUGUCAUCAGCCGUCAUGGCGUCUGCUUUCAUUGUUACGCUGAUGACACACAACUGAACCUAAGAGCUCACCUCAACCCCUCCUCUACCUCACCAUCUUCAUCAUCAUCAUCAUCAUCAUCAUCAUCAUCACCCCUUCCUCCACUCACCACCCUCACUACCUCUUGUUCAAUCUACAAACCAGGAACAUUCCCUUUAUUCAACAUGCUGGACCUGGAUUACUGGAUGGUUUAUCUCCAUCUACUCGUUGUUCUCACAGGUGUCGACUGUGAAGGUCUGAGUCCAGUCAAGAAUGAAGAGUCCAGUUUAGAAGGAAACUCUGUUACUCUCACAUAUAAAUACUCUCAACAAAUGUCGAGUGUUAAUUAUUUCUUCUGGUAUCGACAAUAUCCAGGAAAACCACCAGAGCUCCUCAUCUCACACUUACCCUCAGGAUCAAAAGGAAUUGAAAAUGUUUCUGGACUGAAGAUUAAUGUGGAGAAAAACCUCAUCUCUAUGAGCAUCUCCUCUGCUGCAGUGUCAGACUCUGCUGUGUACUACUGUGCUCUG